CGUCAAAUGACAAUCAAAAGUAAAUGAGUUAAACAGGUACAUACAUACCUACUACCGUAAUGAAUUAAAUAAAGAUGAAAGAUGAUUAGUCAUUCAUUAAUCAUUCAUUGAUGACUUGACGUUUCAGUACCCAAGCUUCUGCAAAUUUCAUGUGCUAUGGUUUUGUAAAACGAUUACCGUAAAACUUACGGAAUCACUAUGAAUAAAAAAACUAUACAUAUUACUUUAUCAUCAUGUAGUACAGAAUAUUAACUAAGUAUUAAAUCAACAGCGAUUUAAUUUAACGAUUUCGUCACAAUCUUGAAUAAUAAAUACGUCAUAUCUACUUUAACCACAGCUGAUUGAGGUAUAAAACUAUGAGUUUCCUUGAAAACUUCUAGUACGGACUUGGUCAGCGUUGACGAUAACAGUUCAAUUAAAUUUGACGUCGAUUUUGACCGUAAUAUUUGUUGUUUGAGUUCUUCGAUAACCUUGGUUAUUUAAAAGGGUCUGUUGAUACAAUUUAAAAGUUAAUAACUAGAUGGCCGCGAUGUUACAGAGUGCUUCUAAAGUGACGAUAAAUACUGGAAAUGUCUUGAAUUUGAUUGACAUAAAGAAAAAAGCUGGGCAAAAUGUGACUGAGGAGCUUUCAGAAAGUAUCAAAUUAACUCUAUCCGAAUGGAGUACGGAAAACGGGAAGCCGUUACAGAAUGGAUCGGCGUUGUCCCACGAAGUUCCAGAAAGGUCUUCUCACUCAACGAACCUAGUCGAUUCCACGGCUGAGACCGAUGUAUAUAUAACAAGGCCUCAUGAUGAUAUCAAAACGAAAAUGAGCGAGGAGGAGAGAAAGAAUCUGAAGAUUGGCGUCAAGAUCUUCAUCAAUGAAGACAGCACGGUUGCAUUAAAGGAGUCACUUGAAAAUGUAUUCACAGCUUUACAAACGGAGUACAUAGACAACGUGAUCCUCUCAUACAAUCCGGAUUUCUUGAACACAGUGGAGGCCGGCAACGAAGCAGAUCUAAGGAAUAGUUAUUCAGCCAAAACGUCGCCUAUCUCGCUUGGUAGUAACGUCGCCAAAAUACCCAGUACGGAAAUAGAGGCGGACAGUGAAGCGGAUGCUAGAAAAUGUGAAGCUAUAUUACCUGGAAUCAAAGUUCUGUGGGCUGUUUUAGAAGACUAUGUGAAAGAAGGACGCGUGAAGCAGCUCGGCGUGGCGGACGUGGGUGGCGGCUGCCUGAGGGUGCUGCACGCGUGGUCCCGCGUCCGUCCCGCCAUCGCGCAGAUCAACCUGGCCUCGUGCUGCGUGGUCCCGCCGGCCCUGCACGCGUUCUGCCGCGCCAACGACGUCCAGCUGCUCACACACGCCGACCCGCCGAAUAUAUUAUCGGAAGCCGCAUCGAAAACUCAAACCGCCGGUGGCACGGCGUGCGCGACGCUGGACUGGUGCGCGCGGUACCAGGUUCACAUAAAAUGUCGCGGCGUACUCGCAUUGAAAGGAUACGUUUGUAAGGCGACCAUAGAUAAUUUACAUGGCCAUAAAUAAUGUAAACGAAAAAAUGUUGAGUGAGAAAAUAUCCUUUUUUUUUUUGGACACAGUAUGUGCGAAGUUCAGGUCACAUUAAACAGUUGAUAAUUUAUUGAUUGACAAAAGUUUGUCUGCAUGAGAAAAUGAAUCUAUAAAAAAAAAAAUAUACAAAAUAAUAACACGUCACAAAACGUUCGCACAUUGACAAAUCUGUUUUACAGUUUGUAUUAUAUAAUGUCAAUAAUAUUUGAAAAAAAAACACAAAGGAUAAAAAGCCGUAUGUAUGGUUAUUAUAAAAAAAAAAAACUUUCAUCAAUGAAUUGAAAAGUUAUAACGUGUAAACCAGUGAACAAAUUCAGUGUAUUUUCGUUUUUUGACGUAAUAUUUAAAUACUUAGUAUGUCCAUUAGCAGUAUUGAAUUUAAUAGUGUCACGAUAAUUUGGUUGACAAAUGUAGGAAAAAAAAAAUCAAACGGAAAUUAUGUUUAUGUUAAGUUGUGAAAGAAAUAAGUGGGUAAAAAACAAAAAAGAAUUACAAACAUUUGGAAUUGUCGUUAAAAGGCUACUACACCCAACGAUCUGUUAACUGGACAAAAUGAUAUAGAUUAUUUCAAAAUCAACUUUAGAAUACAAUCUCGAACAUUUUAGUUGGGAAGUCAGAAUCUUCAAAAACGUUUUUAAUUAAAAAAAAAAAACAAAAAUCUAUUAUUUACGGACGUACUUAUUCAUGUUAUAGUGAAUAAAAAAUAAUUUAAGUUCACCACAGUUUCGAUAGUUUUGAGUUUGACAGAUCAGUUCCAGUGUUGCCACAGGUAAAAAUCAAAACACUUGCUACAUAUUGGACAUAAAACCUUUAUUUAAAUUAUAUUUUUAUAUUAUAUUUUAGCACAGAUAAUUUGAUUCAUAAUAACUAUAGCCAAGGAAAAACAAAAAAAAUGGCCCUUGAAUAAUAUAUGAAAUAAAAACUACUAUUUUGAAAGAAGUUUUAAAUAUAGCAGCCUAUUGAACGUAAUAUGAUUUCAGUUGAUUACAGACAAUAUAAAAUUGAAAGAGUUUGACUCUUAGUCAUUAUGUAUAGUUACCAAUAAUAUCUUAAGAACAAAGCCAGUGUUUUGUUUGUUUAUUGACACUUGACUUCACAAAACAAAAUGACUUACAGACGUGACAACCAUGGAGCACAAAUCUCGAUUUAAACAUUAAAAAAAAUUAUCUGUUCCAAUUUAGAUUAGAUUUUAUGGUGACAAGUGAAUUAUAUUGCUUUAAAUAAUUGGCCUAAAACAUAGAUAAAGGCCAUAUUUGCAAUAAUUUGUGGCAUUAUGUUUCUGCAAUCAAGAAAAGUGACUAUAAUACAUUAUACACUUAAAAUGGUGGAAAUAUUCCACAUGAUACUUGAAUACUUAAAAAAGUGAAAUCUAUACACUUAUAUAUGAUGUACUUAAGUUCCAUAUAUACGUAUGUAAAAUAGGAUAAAAAUUCUACUUGAAAUUUUUUGUAUGUAUUUUUUUUAUUACAAAUGGUCAUAAACAAAUUGAAAAACUUUUAAAGGGAGGGACUACUGUGUAUUUUAACAAGUAAUUUUGUUCAGUAACAUUGAUUAAUGAUGAACAUUAUAGUAUUUAAUUGAAAUCUAAUAAUUUUUAACUCUGUAUUUUUGUAGUAAAUAAUGUAUAUAUCCUUAAAAAAUAUGUACCCUUUAAAAAUCGAAUGAGAUAAGCUACCUAUGUAGCAAUUAAAAUAAAAAUUAGCUAUAUAACAUAAUGAACACUGGGUACAUUACUAUAAAAUCACAUUUUCUAUAAAAAUACAGAGCCACAAUGACUUAGAUACAUCAAUUUGUUUUUCUAUUUAUUUAUUUGGAUGAGAUGCAAUAAAAAAUAUUGGUGAAAGAAACCUGCUUGGUACAAUACGUUCAAUACAGGUCAUCAUUUUUUUGAUGUCUGUAAAAUAUCAGGAAUAUAUAUUAAAAAUAUUGUUAACAUUAUUUUGCAUGUCCCUAAUAAUUUUAGUUGGGUCAAUAAAAAUGUAUGUACUUUAUGUUAAGAAAAAUUUCAUUGUUGAAAUAGCAACAUUUUUUGUUUGUUUUAAGAAUCUAAUUUUGAUUUAGAUAUCGAAUUGAAAAUCUUUGAUUUGAUUCUUACAUUGGCCAUUUUAUUACCAGUUCUUUAUUUUACCAUUAAUCCUAAUUUAUUAAUGUUAAAUAUAUGUAGAACAAAUUAUUGGAUUCGUCACAGUCAAGCAUAAAGAAUAAUGUAACCCAGUGAUUUUAAAGUAUCUACUUUAUUCGGAGAAUAUUAAUUAAACAUUUAAUAUUUUUACAAGCAAAAAUAAAUUAUAAUUUUAAGGCCCUCAUUCAGAUAUAUUAUUAUAUUAUUAUGAAAUAUAUAUAGCCAUCUUUUACAACUAUACCUAUAUAUAUAAUAAUGCCUACAUAGUGAAUUAUGAAUGUAUAAUCUGUGCCUAAUAAUAGUUCAAUGUGUUAAUCAAGUAUCGAAUGUUUCAUUAUGAAAACCUAAUUGCCGUGAUUUAUUUAUUAAAUUAAAAUACCUAAGUACGCGUUGGCGAAUAAUAAUUAAAUUCCAUAAGUAGAUACAAUAGCACUAAGAAUAUGGUACAAAAUUAUCUUUUUUCCCCUUUAGUCACGGGUUGGGUUAGCGUUUUGCAAAAUGCAGGUUGUCUUAGGCAAUCUGAGCUACGGUAAAAAGCGGCGACUCUGUGCUCCAAUCGAAGAAAACCGGCGAAAAGAGUAUAUUUUCCAGCCGUUAGUUAUUUAAUAUUUUCCAAUAAUAUUAGCAUAGACAAUCAUAGAAGUUACAGUCGUGAACACGGAUGUACAUUUUUUGUACUUUUCAAAUUGUAACUUAAUCUAAUUUAUUAUAGAUUUUUAUAUCAACAUUUUUAGAGUACGUUCUCUGUAAAAGAAAAUCUUAAGAAAAUCUGACGAAAAUACUAAUCCUAUUCGAUUUUACUUAAGUAUGGAAUUCUGUCAAAAUAUUUUUAAACUUUCUGUAGUUUUUAAACAUAAACUAUUGGAUUCAAUCGCGUAGCAUUUAAUUUUUAUUAUGCUUUUUUUGUGUACCUAAAAUAACGGAUAAAAAAAUGUAACGGAUUUUCAAAAUAAUGCUUCUUAGGCACAAAAAUAAGAUGUGUAUUUAUAAUACGAUAGUUAUUUAAAACUAAUACUUGUUAAGUUAACGAAUAAAAUUCGAUAUUGUAAUCUCAGUGUAAGUUAGGAAAAAUUAUUUAUCUUGGUUAAAAAGUACCGUCUUAAACUGGGUAUUGGUGUAACAAGUAAUUUGGAAUGGCGACCAUUACCGAAGCGGGAAAAUGUUGUACGUAAUGUGAUUUUAACCCGACCCACAGAUCCAUUGGUUAAAUUAAAAGAUGAUCUUUCGUGAACGCGAUUUUGAUUGGUCGCGCCAAGUGUGACGCCUGACGCGUCCGCUGUAGAUUAUCUUACAUUACGCGGUAUUAAAUAAAGUUUUUUUUUUUAUUAUUAUCGAAAACUUCUGUCCGUAUUCUCGUUUGACUAAGGGAAGCUGUGCAAUUUGAACGAAGCGAAGGUGUAUUAGGGAUGGGAUUUUUUUUUCUAAUUUAAUGAUUCUUAAUUAUUUUUCACAUGGCAAUUGUUUUUGAGUUGCUACAAAAAGAGGUACGCUAGCUUAUCUGGUAUUUGGUGUUUUUUUUUUUUUUAAAUUGUACAUUGCUUAUGUAUUAAUAGAGCAUUUAUUUGAACGAUCUUAGAUGAAUUGUAUUUAAUAUUUAUUGGAAAAUACAUAUUUUAUUUGAGAGACGAAGAA